UAUUCUCAGUCAACCUUAGAAUUGCCUAACGUAAACUACUUAUUGGAAAACGGUAAAAAAAAGAAAUAAAAAAUAAAAAAAAAUAAAAAAAUAAAUAAAAAUAAAAAAAUUUAUAAAGUUACUUUGGAUUAAACUCGUAAACCGUAAAAUCGUCUAAGAUAAGAACAAUUUGAGCUUGUAGAAUAACUGAGAUUAACUCAUCGAAAAAUGGGCCAUUUGCUAUCCAAACCAGUGACUGACAUAGAGACAACAUCUGGUCAGAACUCGAAGUAUCGUGUGGGCUCCAGUUGUAUGCAGGGAUGGCGCUCCACCAUGGAGGAUACUCACACUCAACUUCUCUCACUACCCGAGGAUCCGAAUGCUGCUUUCUUUGGCGUUUUUGAUGGUCAUGGUGGCGACAAUGUGGCCAAAUAUGCGAAGGAACAUUUGCACAAAUUUGUGAUAAAGCAGGACGCCUACAAGGAUGCGGAUGUAGAACAAGCUCUGAAAGCAGGAUUUCUGGAUAUUGAUGAUGCUUUGCGAAAGAAUGAAACAUGGAGCGCUCAGAUAAUCGGAACCACUGCUGUUGUUGUCCUGAUCAAGGAUAAUGUGUUGUAUUGUGCCAAUGCUGGAGAUUCCCGUUGCAUUGCCUGUGUGAAUGGUGAAUUGGAGUUGCUGUCCGUGGAUCACAGGCCGGACAACGUGACCGAAAUGCAACGCAUUCAGGCGGCAGGUGGUUGGGUGCGAUUCAAUAGGGUUAAUAAUAACAUUACCAUAUCUCGUGCUAUAGGUGAUUUCUAUUAUAAAAGCUCAAAGGAAGAUCCACAGCUACAAUUGGUUACAGCGUAUCCAGAUGUGGAGGUACGGAAAAUAACAAAGGAUUAUGAAUUUAUCCUUUUGGCUUGCGAUGGCAUUUGGGAUGUUAUGAGUAACAUGGAGGUCUUGGAAUUUUGUCGCACACGCAUCGGCUUGGGAAAGUUACCGGAGGAGAUAUGCGAGGAUUUGUUGAAACAUUGCCUGGCUCCGGAUACCCCAACUCGCAGCCAAGGCACUGAUAACAUGACCGUCAUAUUAAUUUGCCUUCUAAACGAGAAUCCUUAUUCUUAUUUAAUCAAUCGCUGCAAGCCACGCAUUAACACAAAUGAUUUGGUUGAAGAUAUCCAGGUUAAUGUAGCUUUGCCGGAUAUGCCUCUUUUGGAUAUGUCUGAGGACACUACUGUGUAAGGCCUUGUGUUCAUUCAUUGCUUGCGGAAAAGAAUAUGGAGGGUUAACUUAUUUUUCCAUAUCUUUUUCAAAUCUAUUUUGAUGCCAAUAAAUAUGAUACAUGACUAGUUCAGAA